UUUUUUUUUUUUUUGGCAGAUUUUUAUUGCAGGGAAUUAUCGAUGGCGUAAGCUGGAGGGACCAACGGAUGCCGAAGCUGUGGUAGAGAAUCCGCGUUCGUCGCGCAGCGGCGUGCCGUAUCAGCGAUACGGACAUACGGUGGUUGUGUACAAUGGGAAGGUGUACCUGUGGGGUGGCCGGAACGAUGAAUAUGGCGCCUGCGCCCAAAUGCACUGCUUCGAUCCAGAAACGGCGACGUGGUCACUAAUCGAAUGUGUGGGCGACGUCCCUCCCUCACGGGAUGGGCACAGUGCCGUGGUCGUCGACGACUUCAUGUGCAUUUUUGGUGGCUUCGAAGAAGAAACACAGAGAUUCAGCCACGAGACAUUUGUGUACAGUUUUAAAAAAAGCAGAUGGUACGAGAUGAAAACUACGGGCUCAGUACCGGAGUGGAGGGAUUUCCACACUGCAUGCGUAAUGGAGAGGAAGAUGUAUGUGUUUGGUGGGCGUAGUGAUGUGAAUACCCGCUAUCAUCGUUCGCCAGAUUACUAUCCUGUCAAACUGAAGGUGCUGGAUUUGGAAAGUGGCUGCUGGACUGAGCCGAACGUGGUGGGUGAUCAACCGAUCGGUCGCAGAAGCCAUAGCGCCUGGGUUUAUGGUAAGAAAAUGUAUAUCUUUGGUGGUUAUUCGGGCCGCGAAAAUAAACACAUGAAUGAUUUGUAUGAAUAUGAUCCGCAGACAUCCAGGUGGAGCCUGCUAGUGGCGGGCGGGAAACCUCCGUCACCGCGGCGGCGACAGUGCACGGUUCUCGUCGGCAAUCGUGUCUUUUUGUUUGGUGGCACUGCGUAAGU